CUCAUACUGCGCAGUUCAUCAACCUUCUCAGCUGCUCAGAUCUCGCCGUUAGCGACGGUCUCAAGUCAUGCACCAGUCAAGUCGAGUUCUCAGAGCGUUCGGCUUGACCGGUAGGACUGUCAGGCUCAUAGACACCCCGGGCUUUGACGACACUACGCGGACCGAUACGGAGGUGCUGAAAAUGAUAGCUGUCGCGCUGUCCCAAAUGUACGAAGAUGGACACAAGCUAAGCGGUAUCAUCUACAUGCAGCGCAUCUCCGACUUCCGCAUGACUGGGAUCUCCAGGCGCAACUUCCACCUCUUCCGCAAGCUCUGCGGCGAAGACACGCUCAAGAACGUCGUCAUCGUGACCAACAUGUGGGGCGAGGUCAACGCAGAGCGGGGGCUUGCACGCGAGGACGAGCUCGCGUCAGACCCCAUGUUCUUCAAGCCUGCGCUCGAGAAGGGCGCGAAGAUGAUGCGCCACGACAACACGUACCACUCCGCUGUCACCGUCAUGCUUCAGCUUAUCCCGAAUACGCCUGCACCUUUGCUCCUCCAGACGGAACUGGUAGAGCAAGACAUGGACAUCGCCGAGACCGCCGUCGGCGCGGAGCUUGCGCGCGAUAUAGAAGAGCAAAGGCAGAAGUACUGCGAAGAGCUGGGCGAACUGCAGCAAGAAAUGCAGGAGGCCUUCCGCGCAGGAGACAGCGAGACGACUGAGGAGCUGCAGACUGUUCAAGAGGAGACCAAGGCGAAGGUGGCAACGAUCGAGAAGCAAAAGAAAAGCUUCUAUGGCACCUUUGCCACCUGGCUGCCACUGUUGCUCCUUGGUGGCGACAGCUGCAGCCGUCGGGGUGGCCUUACUUGUGGAGCAGCGCCGGCAAGGACGCUCGCGGUCACCUUCACCGUCGCUGUAACAUUUUCAUGGGAGCGUAGCUUACCAACACCUCCUCAACAACCCGAGCUGCGCGGUUAUGACAUCCGCCGGUGUAUGACAACUGACACGUAGCCUCCGAACUUGUACCUUGCAUCAGUAGUGUGAUAGUGCCUUUAGGAUCUGGGCCUGCGCUUGUAAAGCCCAAAGUAUCUGCAUACGAGCACGCG